GGCCCAUGCUUACGUUAGCUUGCCAAGCCCACAUUUGACUGGCGAACCCGUCGCCUGGACAAGCAAGCGACGCCAAUCGCCAUGGCUGACGACGGAGCAGCCGCCGCCGGCGCAAACCUCUUUCCUCCCCCUCACCCUAUCCAUCCCGCGGAACCGAGCGAUCCGCUUCAUGAUGCCGCUUCCUUCACCCACACCCCGUUUUACUGUGAAGAAAAUGUGUACUUGCUAUGUAAGGAACUGAUUAGAGCUGGACUUGCUGAUCCUGCGGGCACUGACCUUUACGCUGUUUUCAUAUCAAAUGAGGAAAAGAAGGUUCCUCUUUGGUAUCAGAAAGCAAGUCGUACUAAUGAUGGAUUUGUCUUGUGGGAUUAUCAUGUAAUCUGUAUCCAGUCUAGGCGAAACAAAGGAGAAGUUCCCGAUCUUGUGUGGGAUGUGGACUCCAGUCUUCCUUUCCCUUGUCCAUUCAUCCAGUAUGUUUCUGAUGCUGUUAAACCGCUAUCAUUUGGUGACUCCAUCUAUAGAAGGCUUUUCCGUGUAGUUCACUGUCCAGUAUUUCUUCGGUCCUUUGCAUCAGAUAGAAGUCACAUGAAGGACCCCAUGGGGAAUUGGAUAGAGUUGCCCCCAAAAUACGAACCAAUUGUUGCGGAAGAUGGAAACACUAAUAACCUCAAUGAGUACAUCUCCGUGUCUAUGGAUGAUGUUGGGGACCUGGAAAAUAUGGUUAAUGACGUCUACUCCAACAAACAUGGUGUGGUGACAAAUGAAACUUCGCUGCCCAAGUUCUUCUCUCGGUUGCCUUAAUAGGAGCUCUACGAGUUAUCUUGAUUAUUGCCUUCUUUCCAACACUUGAGUUCCUGUAUUUUGUGAGAUCUUAUGAACGAUAUGUUAUGCAAGUGCUAUCUGGAGUUGUUAAUAAAUGGUAUUGCACUUGCCUAAUGAUGUCGCACCAGGCUAAACAGAUUGUUGCUGUAUGGAGUAGUUGUUUUCUUCUUGUUGUUUUAAUUAUUGAACACCAAGGAGCUGUAUCUGCUAAAUUAGUUGAUUGAGCUGUUUUAAUAUCUAA